GAUCUUUAAUCAAAAGAAUGAAACAAUUCAUUUAAGAAACUGUUGUUGGAAUUGAAUUCGCAUAUUACUUUGCUGAAGUGGAUUUUGCGUAAUAAGAGAAACUCCCCGCAAUUUUCUUACGCCACAGCAGAAAGUUUCUAAACCCAACUCACGUCCCGCUUUAAUUGGCAAACAGCCCAACCCCUGGGAAAUUCUGCCCUUCCAGUCGACAUUCACUGUGAAGUUUUAGCGGUGAAUUUAUGAUUUAUGAUGUAAUUCCGGCUUAAUAUGGUGACCAUAACUACUGAUGUUCAUAAAGGCAAAAGACGAAGGGCAAAAAAAAAAUAUUUGCAGCAGUACUGAAAUAUUAAUACUACUAUUAAAUGCAUCAUCACAACCAAUAAAGCUCAUCACAAUUGAUCCUAAAGUAUACCCUAGCACGGGUAUGUCAAAUGAUCCAUUCUUUAUUGUAGUCUUCUGGCCAUAA